ACCACCACAAUAACUGACAUAGACGUAUUUCCUUUGGCGUUUGUGCUUCUGUAGCCCUUUGCUCCUUUUCUGCUAUCCGGGUUUCCCAACACGUCAGCGAAACCACCCGGUCCAUCGGUUCCACCGCCCCCCGCCGCUCUCCCACUCCUCUUGGCCCGCGCGACCGACUCGAAGGCAGUAGCCAGGGACCCCAUACAAUACCGCCAAGAUGAUGAAAAUAUGGUCCAUGAAGAAACAGCUGCAGCAAGAUGAGGCUGCGGCUGCUGCGUCAAGCAAGAAGAAAAAGGUCACUCCGGCCCAACUGCGCACACAAAAAGAUCUCGAAGAGCUAUCCCUCGGCACAACGAUGAAGACGCACUUCCCCAACCCAGACGAUAUUCUCAACUUUGAACUUACAAUCGACCCCGACGAGGGCAUGUACAAGGGCGGCCGCUUCAAGUUUGACUUCAAGAUCAACCAGAACUUCCCACACGACCCACCCAAAGUCAAGUGCACACAAAAGAUCUACCAUCCUAACAUUGAUCUCGAGGGCAACGUCUGCCUGAACAUUCUGCGAGAAGACUGGAAACCCGUAUUGAACCUGAAUGCUGUUGUUGUUGGGUUACAGUUUCUCUUCCUCGAACCAAACGCUUCGGAUCCGUUGAACAAGGAGGCUGCAGAAGACCUCAAGGCGAACCGAGAAGGCUUCAAGCGCAACGUGCGCGCGUCGCUGGGAGGGGGCACAGUCAAGGGACAGAGCUUCGACCGCGUACUCAAAUGA